ACUAACUAAAUUCUCACUCUACAUUUAGCAAAGCCACCAUAUGGAUGAGCCAUCAAGUGAUGGCACAUCGGAGAAUCGACGUAAGGGCCCUGGAAAGCGUGCUACCGGAGCCGUGGAGCCACUAGCUUCUAUAACACUUCUGACUUCCACGGCUCCUUGUGGUGCAUGCAAGUUCUUGAGAAGAAAAUGCAUCAGUGGGUGCAUUUUUGCACCCCAUUAUGGCUCCGACCAAGGCGCGGCUCGGUUCGCGGCCGUGCACAAGGUGUUUGGAGCCAGCAAUGUGUCUAAGUUAUUGUUGCAUAUUCCGGCUAACCGGCGCCAUGAUGCGGUGGUCACUAUAACUUAUGAAGCUCAGGCUAGACUCUCGGAUCCUGUUUAUGGUUGUGUUUCGACCAUCCUUGCUUUGCAACAACAGGUGGCAUCCUUACAAGCAGAGCUAGCAGUAGUGCAGACACAACUAAUAAACAACAGAUAUGCAAUGGAAAAUGCUUUACAAACUUCACAACAACAACAUCAUCUUCAGCAGCAACAACUCCACCAAGAACAUAACAUUGCAAUUCUACAGCCAACUUACUCAAACAAUUCUUCUGUUUCAAACAACAACCUCAUCAACAACAUUAACAGUGCUAAUACUUUCAAUUCCACUGCUUUUGAUCAGCUGCCUGAUGAUACUUGUGCUACAAAUGUCCCUAAUAAUUCUCCAAGUUUUGAUCCCAUUCAUCAAGAGGAUGAGGAGGACGAAGAGAGUCAUAAUUCUAUUGCUUUUACUAAUCAAAUGUUUCAUUGAGUGAGAGGUCCACUAGAGAUACGAAUUUAUAUUAUUGAAGAAACAACAAGAUCUCUCGUUUGUCCUUUUCAGGCUAACGGUUUGGGAAAAAAAAUACUCACACACACCUCUUAAAGUCUUGUUAACAUUUUGCCAAUAACUGAGAUGUUUUACCAUGUCGAUAGAAAGUUAACUAUAUAUACGCUAUAUACUGGUAGUAAGGAUUUU